AUGUCAUCAUCAUCAAGUUCAUCUCGUAACAAUCGUCAUAAUAAUAAUUAUGGUCGACAAGAUUAUGAUGAUAAAGAUCCAUCAGCUAGUCAGUUGAAUGAUUCAAAUGAAAAUAUAGUUCAUAUUAAAUUUCUUUUACCUGGAACAACAACAGGAAGUGUUAUUGGAAAAGGUGGUGAAAGAAUAGCUUCUUUACAAAAAGAAACAAAUACAAAAAUGAAAAUGUCUAAAGCUGGAGAUUAUUUUCCUGGAACACAAGAACGUGUUUGUCUUGUUGUUGGAACAAUUACAAAUGUUUUAUCUGUUUAUGAAUUUUUAUCAGAUAAAAUAAAAGAAACAUUUCCAGGUGAUCUUAUUCGAUCACGUCAAAUUAAAUUAAUUAUUCCAAAUGCAACAGCUGGAGUUAUUAUUGGAAAAGGUGGUUCAACUAUUGAAAAUAUCAAACAAGAUACUAAUGCUUCACUUACAAUAACACCAAAAUCUGAUAUGUCGGAAAGAGUUAUGACUAUUACUGGUGAAGAUGAAAUUCGAACAAAAGCUUUGGAAAUAGUUUUAGAAAAAAUCUUAGAAGAUCCUCAUCAUGAUAGUGUUUCAAGUGUUAAUUAUUCAAAUGAUAAAAUUCCAUCAAUUAACCCUCCAUCAAUUAUAAAUGAUAUUCAAUCAUUUCAUGAUCGUAUGUAUUUAUAA